AUGGUCAGUUUCAGACUGCACCGACUGCCAUUGCGCACUGCUAUCCUCUUCAUCCUUCUCGCUGUUAUUCUCUGCACACAAGUCAGCAGCUGGAUCCCAUCGUUCGACGUCUACACCCACCUCCGGCCUCACGAUGUAGAAGAAGAACGGCCUUGCAAAGUCGACAAUUUGGUUUUGACGAGGACUGCGACCACGACAGUUUUCAGCCCACCACAAACAGUCACCGUCCAAGAACCGGUCCACACCACGGAAAGUCGCGACGUAUUCGGCUUUCCUGUCGUUGGAUCGAGAGCGCCGCCCCCCAGCGAUGCAGUAGACGAAACACGACAGACUACCCACCACUUCUAUCGUGACGAUGGACUUCUCGAGGUCAACCCAGAUGGGCCACACCCUAUUUUCGAGCUCAUGGAACAGGCAGAGCAGAGGUGGAAGAAGAAGAAUGAAAAGGCCAGCCGAACCCUUAAGGAAGCCUGCGAAGAGUACGAGAGGCGGUACAAUCGCAAACCUCCUCACGGGUUCGAUGUCUGGUGGAUUUACGUCCAAUCCUACGACGUGCGCCUUCCAGAUGAAUACGAUCAAAUUUCCAAAAACAUGGAGCCUUUCUGGGGAAUAGACCCCCGUCGUCUGCAGCAGAUUCAGCGAGAUUGGGAAGACUACACGAAUACCUUCACCGUCGGAAAGGAGACCGACACGUCCCCCAUUGAGAUGGUGAACCACGCGUUCGACGCGGAAGGCGGGAAAUCACCACGAAUGACGGGCGCCAAAAUGGUCGCUGACAUCCUCGAAGAAGUGUCUAGUUUCCUGUCCCCAUUCAGAGCCGUAUUCAGCUCCGACGACAACCCCAACCUGCACACCGAUUACGAGCUAAUGAAGAUGGCUAUCCAGGCUGGGAAGGAAGGCCGAUACAUCGAUAUCGACAACCCCCCUCCUGUAAAGUUGGAUGGUUGGAUAUCCGCCUGCCCUCCAGAUUCGCCAGCAUGGGUAAACCGCGUGGAAUACACCAACCCCCUCCCACCCCUCCCCGAACUCUCCAGGAUGAAGCAUAACACAGCCUACGCAUCCUCUCCUUCUUCCCCUGAGGCCCUGCCCCCAAAAACCUUCAUCCACAACCACAAACUCUCGAUGGACCCCUGCCUCCACCCUGCCCACCUCCUCAUGCACGGCCAAUUCAUCUCCCACGAACGCGGACCCGUCCCACACCGCCUCAUCAUCCCCCAAUUCAGCUUCAGCCCUACGUCCUUGCACCACGACAUCACAGUCGCACUAUCCAUCAACUGGAUCGACGAUAUCCGUCCAAGAGGGCACGAUCCCCUGUUUGACGACAAGGACGACGAGCGGUUGCAGUGGCGGGGGAGUAAUACAGGCAGCUGGUUCGGCGGGAACACGCAGUGGUGGGUCAGCCAUCGGACGAGGCUGGUGGAUUGGGCGAACCCCCGCCGUUUGCAACCGUCGACUGUCGACUCGGUGUUAUGGAGUCCACCAGAUAGCCGGUGGAAAGUGGGUGAACCCUCCGUGCCACCUUCGAAGUCUGCUUGGGCACCGGCGAUGGCUGACAUUGCGUUUGCGAAUAAACCUAUCAGCUGUGCGCCGGAGGUGUGCAAUGGUCGACUGGCGCAGGAAUACGAGUUCAGGCAUCCUCAUAAUAUUCCCACCCAGGGAAAGUAUAAAUACAUCAUCGACGUCGAUGGCAACGCGUGGUCUUCCAGGUUCAAGCGACUCAUAACCUCCAACAGCCUCAUUUUCAAGUCUACAAUCUACCAAGAAUGGUUCGCAGAUAGGAUAGAACCCUGGCUCCACUACGUCCCCAUCCAAAUCGACUACUCCGACCUUCUCGAUGCGCUCUACUUCUUCCGUGGCGACCCAGGCGGUCGCGGAGCCCACCCUGAGCUAGCCAAAAAGAUCGCAGAAGCGGGACGUGAAUGGAGCUUGACACAUUGGCGCAGAGCGGAUCUCACAGCUUACAUGUUCAGGCUAUUCCUGGAGUACACACGGAUAAUGUCGCCCGAAAGGGAGAACGGUGGACUCGACUAUGUCUACGACGAGGCCGACGAGUUUGACCCCGAUGUACCGGUCUUUGGCGCGGAGGAGGAGGCUGAACCUCGUAGCGGACAAUCUCUGUUCUUACGAGCAAUGGAGAAGCGUCGCCAGUGUCGCGCCCCAUAG